AUGGACCUUCUCGAUGCCCUCGAUGUGUCGACUAGGUCCAUCAAGGACAUGCUCAAGGCUUUCUUUGUCUUAGCCCUCUACAUGCUUAACUGCACUGCCCUAAUUGAAUUAGGCGUUGUGCCACCCCUCUUCUCACUGGUGGUGAAAGACGGGUGGAGGGGGCUGGUGGAGGAUGCGAUGAUGACAAUCGCCCAAGUGGUUGGAUGCAACGAGAGUGCGAAAGCAUUCCAAAUGGUGGACGACAUCAAUGUCCUAAUAGAUCUGGUGGUUGGGGAGAGAAGGAGAGUGAGGGAAAAUGCUACAACUGUACUACAGAAUCUGUUAAAGAACAAUAGAGACAAUACAAUGGGAGAUGUCAAGGAGAUGGACGUGGUGGACGCAACCAUGAGGGCUUUGGUUGACAACGAUAGUAGAACGAACACGAGGGGGAAGAGCAAGACGAAGGCAUCGUUGAAGGUUAUGGAGAGCAGGCAGGGGAGCUAG